UUCGACGAUAAACAUUGCGACCUGACCUGCAGUACUUUCAGAGAGGCAAGGCACGUACGUGAGUGAGGCCGAGUCGCGUCCAUAGUCGUUAUUUCUGCAAGAUAUUUUGACUCACGAACAUCAGAUGCCCACACUAUGGUGAAGCAUUACCCCGUUUCAAAAGGAGGCGACGCAAACCUGUCGCUCUGAUAUCGACCUCUAACAUCGAAAAGCCGUUAGCUUUGGCAGCUAACGCAAGCUAGCUACGUUGGCUGUUACGUAUCCUCGUUUUUUACCACACGCAACUGACCUCCACCACAACACCGGCGUACUGAGUUUAAUUUGUUUUCUAGGCUGGGUUCGUUAUUCUCCUGUGUCUUAACGUUCGCUCCCGUUGUCCCCGUGUGGUGCCCCGUGGAAGGUUCCCGAAUAUGAUACAUAAUGAGUCAAAGAGAUACCUUGGUUCAUCUGUUUGCUGGAGGAUGUGGGGGCACGGUAGGAGCCAUACUGACUUGUCCACUGGAAGUAGUGAAGACCCGUCUGCAGUCCUCCUCCAUCACCCUCUAUGUGUCUGAGGUUCAGCUGAGUACUGUCAAUGGGGCGAGUGUGGCCCGCAUGUCUCCGCCAGGCCCCCUGCACUGCCUCAAGUUGAUAAUGGAGAAAGAAGGGCCUCGCUCUCUCUUCAGGGGUUUGGGGCCAAACUUGGUGGGUGUGGCACCAUCCAGAGCAAUCUAUUUUGCUGCUUACUCCACUGCCAAAGAGAAACUGAACGGUGUGUUGGAACCAGACUCCACGCAGGUGCACAUGGUGUCGGCUGGAAUGGCAGGUUUUACAGCCAUCACAGCAACCAAUCCAAUAUGGCUCAUAAAGACCCGUCUGCAGCUAGAUGCUAGGAAUCGAGGUGAGCGAAGGAUGAGUGCAUUUCAGUGCAUGCGGCGGGUGUAUCAGACAGAUGGCCUGCGCGGCUUUUACAGGGGUAUGUCGGCAUCCUACGCCGGUAUCUCAGAGACUGUGAUCCACUUUGUGAUCUAUGAAAACAUCAAACGUCGCCUCUUAGAGGCCAAGGCGCCGCAGAACAUGGACGAAGAAGAAGAGACGUCCAAAGAUGCUUCAGACUUUAUCGGGAUGAUGCUUGCUGCUGCCACCUCCAAGACCUGUGCCACAUCUAUUGCUUAUCCUCAUGAAGUGAUCCGCACCAGGCUACGUGAGGAGGGCACCAAGUAUAACUCCUUCUUCCAGACUCUGACAACAGUGCCCAAAGAGGAGGGCUACCGCGCCCUGUACCGCGGCCUCACCACGCACCUGGUACGACAGAUCCCCAACACCGCCAUCAUGAUGUGCACCUACGAGUUGGUUGUCUACCUCCUAAACGGUUAAAGUCUUGCCCCCCCCCCCCCUCCCCUACGUAGACAGUGUAUGUAACCCUGCCCCUGUUCAGAGACGGAGAAAAGAGAAGGAGAGCCAACUGCACACCAGCCAGCACAUGAACCUGCUUGCCAGAAGAGGACCAAGACCGCAGCAAGACCUUUAUGUUUCAGUGGCACAAGUGGUUGUGAAAAAUAAGUUGGGAGUAGUUUUUUGUUUUAUAACCAAAGGUUCUGGCACAGGGAAGAGGAUUGGGAAGUUCCUCACAUUGGUUUGGGGUUCUCGGGUUUAGCAAUGGCAAAGAAAUGGUUGUCCGAUGUUUAUUUUGAUUCUUCCCUUCGGUUAUAUACAUUGUUUCUGGGAGCACAGAUUCAGGGUGCUGAAGAAAGAGUUACAGUAUAUUCUGCCUCUAACGAUACUACUAAUAAAAGAAGUACAGUCAUUUCAAUCCUUACCACCUAGUGGAUGUAAGCCCCCCCCCCCUUCCAGCAGUAGGCUUUUGCUGUCAUGCUGAUGGAAUAGUUUAAAAAAAUAUUUUAUUAGUAUCAUUAGAGGACCAGAAUACAAAGAUGCCAGCCUCUGAGGUGAGCCGAAGUAUCUGCCAGGGGGGGCUUUCAAGUUAGCGAAGAAGAAAUCGUUGCUUGAGGCUGGUUGAGGUGGGAUUAAUGGAGGAAAAAGGGUGACGACUGGCAGGGAGGUGAGUGGGAGACGUGCCUUGAGGGAUGAUGUAAUGUAGACUGAGAUGUACAAUGGCUGUAGGAGGAAGAGGCGCUCUGGUUGAUCGGUCACAAACAAAGGUAAUACUGGAGAGAUGUAGAGUCGUACACUGGUAUUGUGUGAUUACAGGUGCCGUUAGCGAGAACCUUUUGCACAUCGUGAACGUAGACACACUCACCUAAACGUUAUCAGCAGUCCCAAAUACUGGUCGCGAUCUCAUAUUACAAUUGACAUGCAUUUACAGCUUUUUACACAGAAUAAGUUCAUGGUUGAUUGCUGCUUGCUUAUAAUAAGCGAAGUCUACAUAUUCACAUUGAACUCUUGUUACCUGUAUGUGGAAGAAGACUAAAGUUAGAUGGCAGGUAAAAAGUCCCCAAACCAGAAUAUAAUUACUGUUCUAACUACUAUAAUGUAAAAAAAACAAAAAAAAAAACUGGAAUAAUAACUUCACUGGCGGCAAGGAAGAUUAAAACACUGACCCAUGUUGUGAACUAAAAUAUAUAAAAUUAACAAAGCUUAACAUAUUGUUGUAUUGAUAGAUAUAAACUGCCUACAUAACAUCGUUGUGUUGCAUUUGUCUGCCCAGAAAUGGCAAACUGCAAACAUACAGGAGUAUGGUACAGGAGAGAGGGUAUUUGCCUUUUUAGUUGUUACCUUUGCUUAAACAACAAUGUUGUUCUUAUAGCACUUUUCAAUGUCUUUCUCUAGAAUCCUAAUCUCUUUUUUUUUUUAUUUUAUUUUUUCGUCAGUUGGAGAAUCCAGGCUAGUUUUACAGGCGAGGACAAUCCUCUCGAGUUUACUCUGGAAACCUGUUUAGCCAGUGUGUGUGAAGUUGCCAGAAAUAUGCUCAUUAUAAGGCACAUUAAUUCAAUACAGACCAGUAACCAUUUUGUUUCCCUCCCCUUAUUCAGUUGUUUUAGAAAAAAGUUGAACUGCAUUACAACCAGUUUAAAAAAAAAAAAAUCGAGAAAAAAAAUGAAUGUUUGUCAGUGUCUUACUGUACUGUUGGAUGUUCUUGUCAUGGAAGGGAAAGGUACUUGCUCUCUGCUUGGAUCUGUUUUUUUUUUAUGUCAAACAUUUCUACAGACAAAUACAGUGUUUUGCUGUCACCGCAUUUAUCCUAUUAACCACAGAAUUAACUUUCGCUCUGUAAUCCCAUAACGCGAGAACCUAGCCUGUUGAUUGUGUGCAUUUUCACCACAAGCUGCAAACCUAAAGGACAUUGAUUAGCCUACAAUGCUAACUAAUUUUUACCAGCAGGAGCUGUUGUCAUUAUUCCUGCACUGCAGUCUAUUUAAACUCACUUUGAAAAUCUUUUCAAACACUUCACUGGGUUAAUGGGCGUGUGCAGCAGUGAGCGUGGCCGUGCCCGGCUCCUGUGGAGUGGAAUGGCGGUUUUGGCGAAAUAUGCAGAUCAACUAUGCUCGCUUUCUCACGAGGCGCCGUUGUACGUGAUUUUGCAGAAACUGCUACAGUGUGUGGCCCUCAAACAGCCUCAGAUGCUUUUCUUCACUGGAAUUAUUGAUGUGAUCCUCAAUGUGAACACUUUUCAGUUUCACUGCACACAUGAAGGAAGCAUUAGAUUAGCCUCAUUGUGCAAAUUUUAUCAGAGAUGUGUUAAGGCUUAUAUUCAGUACCAUCAACACACUCUAUUGAUGUAGUGAGACAGGAGUCCGUGGGUGCUGCUAAUAGUGAUCUGUGCUGGCUACCGUGGAUUUUAUAACCGGAUCGAUAGACAGUCCAAGCACAUAGUGUUACUUGAUUGUAACUGUAUGGUUAUGUGCAUUUCUUUCACUUGUGUCUGUCAUAUGAUGCAUUAUUCCCUGCAUCCCAUGGUUAUUCCUUUGCACCCACAUGUUUGCAUCGUGUGCCAGUUAAUGUGUGUGCAUAUGUGUGUAUGUGUUUGACGUGUGCUUGCUUGAAUGACAAUCGUCUGUCAUUCGGUCGUGUCUUGUGUGUAAGAGACCAUAUGAGUAUGUAUGUACUCACGAGAAUAGCUGCAAACAGUGUUGUUUUUAUCUUUUUAAAUAAAUUGUUGCCUCUUCCUGAUGCCCAUUUGUUUUGUUUUUCCACGAUGUCAUCGAUGAGCCCACUGUGUGUGAGUGUGGCUCGGCCUAUGCAUUCUCAUACCUGUUUUUGUAAAAGAAAAAGCCAAUAAAAUGGAAAGUGCAAGUAUAA